AAGAGGAGAAAUAAUGUCUAACACUGGGCAGGGAAACUUUCUGAAUCCUUGCUGUUGCACAAAGAGGGAAGAAAUGGAAAAGUGAGGAGAGGAAGAGUCAGUUCAGAGCAGAAACACACAGCAGGGAUCAAUGUGGGGAGAAGAGGAGAACAUGGUAGAAAGAGAUGCAUCAGUUUGGAGAAGACAAGACUGUCUAAAUGGAUUCUGUGUCACUGUUAGUGAAGGAGAAAUUACAGCAGAGGCUGGACUCUGUGUUGUGAUACCGUGUUCUUUCACUACUGGUUUUGGAUUUACACCCCAAAAUGUAGUUUGGUACAAAUGUGAACCAUCUAAACAAAAAUGUGUAGAUUCAGAUGUGAUAUUCCACACUAACAAGAACAACAAAAAGGUUCAGUCUGGAUUUAUAGGACGGGUGUCACUGUUGGAGCCUGACGUGAGUCAGAAGAACUGCAGCAUCAUCAUCACUGACCUCACUGAUUCAGACUCUGGUUCAUAUCAGCUCAGAGUUAAUGGUAUCAACCUGUUUGGGAGGGCAGAUGGAUUUACAUUCUCUCCAAGAACAACUGUCUCUGUUAAAGGUCCUGUGCAACAUUGUGGACCUUACAGUGCAGUGCUUCCCUAGGCCGUUGCUGGUGUAUCUCUAAGUGUGAACGUCUUCUACACAAUCUAUGUGAUAUUCCUGUGGUAUGUUACUCCAUCUGCAUGUUAUGUUUUAAAGGCUCUGAUAAUGCUUUUGAGACUUUUAGGCAACAAAUCAUGGCUCACUAUUUUUUUCUCAAAAGGAAAGCCAGAAAAAAGGUGAAACCAAAUCAAGUGGACAGAACUUACAUGUCACUACAGAUCACAAGAGUAUGAUGUUAUUGGCCAACCUCUGAAGUGACAAAUGUCAGCUUCCACCAUUUCUUUACAGUCUUCAGGGAUGACUUUCAGACAGCUUCAAUGAAGGAUUUCUCUUCUUGCACUGAAAUAAAAA